UCCCCAGAAAGUUGAAACAAAAUGGCGUCCUCUAUGAGCGGUAUGUUUGCUGGGCAGCAGCCGUCCGUUCCUCAUCCUCCCGGCGCCCCCGGAGCUCCUGGACAGCCCGGCUUGAUGCCCGGUCCUUCUGGGAGCAGGUGUCAGAGCGGCAACACCUUGGUAGACGAUCUGGAAGCUUCUUUUGAGGCGUGUUUCGCAUCUCUUGUAAGUCAGGAUUAUGUUAAUGGAACCGAUCAGGAGGAAAUCCGAACUGGUGUUGACCAGUGUAUCCAGAAGUUCUUGGAUGUUGCCCGGCAGACAGAAUGUUUCUUUCUCCAGAAAAGAUUACAGCUGUCAGUACAGAAACCAGAGCAGGUGGUAAAAGAGGAUGUGUCAGAGUUAAGAAACGAGCUGCAGAGAAAAGAGCUUUUGAUCCAGAAACAUCUCCAGAGAAUCCAUCACUGGCAGCAAGUGCUGGAAGACAUCAACGUGCAGCACAAGAAACCAACGGAACUUCCGCAGGGUCCUCUGGCGUUCUUGGAACAAGCUUCAGCCAACAUCCCUGCCCCUAUGAAACAGAACUGACUCCAGAUGACACAAAAGGAACACCUUCUGAUGUUGAAAGACACAUUCACUUUUGUACAUAUAUAUAUGUAUAUUUUUCGUAGU